AAUUAAACACUCAUUUGUUAGUGAAACACGACUUUUGGUCAACCCAUUUAUUAGUUAAAGCAGUCAUGUCGUGGUUAUUGGGCAGAAAUCGUCAGCAACCGCAGCCAGAUCCUUUUGCUGGCGGCGCCGAUGGAGCCGAUCCCGAGGGUAGAACUGCCGGCGGCAAGGCCGGGGAUGCAGAGCUAACCCGCGCCGAACGUAAGGCCAUGGAGGCCUACCGCUUUGAUUCAUCGGCACUGGAGCGGGCGGCAGAUGCCGCCAAGACCCUAGAACGUUCAAAACAUGCUCGCGAGGCUUUGGAGCUGUCCAAGAUGCAGGAGUCCACCCGACAGGCGGAGUACAGCACCAAGGUAAAGGAGUACGAGGCCCACAUUGAGCAGGCCAAGGUGGAGCAAAGGCGCAUUGAUCACGAGGAGCGACGCAAGACCCUGAUUGAAGAGACAAAGCAACAGCAGCAGCGUGCCCAGUAUCAGGAUCAAUUGUCACGCAAGCGGUACGAGGACCAGCUGGUCCAACAGCAGCGGGUCCAGGAGGAAAAUCUUCGCAAGCAGGAGGAGAGCGUGCAGCGGCAGGAGGCUAUGCGCCGUCAGACCAUUGAGCACGAGAUCGAAAUGAAGGAGAAGAAUCGCUUGAAGCUGCUAGAGCAUGAGCUGAGGGCCAAGGCGCGCGUGGACCGUGAGAAUCGCGAUCUGAACUUGGAGAAGAUUCGUUUGAAGGCGCAGGAGCACCGUACCACUGUGAUGGAAGGCAUCAAAACGGCUGGAUCCGUGAUUGGAGCUGGUGCCGAGGCCAUGCUCACCGAUUGGGACAAGGUGCUGACUGCCGCUGGCGGCCUGUCACUGCUUGCCCUUGGUGUGUACACGGCCAAGGGUGCCACCGGCGUUGUAUCCCGUUACGUGGAAGCGCGCAUCGGCAAACCAUCGCUGGUGGGAGAGACCUCGCGUUUUGCCUUCCUCGAUGCCGUGAAGCAUCCGUUGAACUACAUCAAGCGACUGCGCUCCAAGCCGGCCGAUGCACUCCAGGGCGUUGUUCUCAAUCCGAGUCUCGAGGAACGUCUACGUGACAUUGCCAUUGCCACAAAGAACACACGCAUCAAUCGUGGUCUCUACAGGAAUGUGCUGAUGCACGGCCCACCCGGAACGGGUAAGACGAUGUUUGCCAAAAAGUUGGCCGAACACUCUGGCAUGGACUUCGCCAUCAUGACUGGUGGCGAUGUGGCGCCCAUGGGCAAGGAAGGUGUUACAGCCAUACACAAAGUGUUCGAUUGGUCGCAUGCCUCACGGCGCGGCUUGUUGCUGUUUGUGGACGAGGCUGACGCCUUUCUCAGGAAGCGAUCGUCGGAGAAGAUAUCGGAAGAUUUGAGGGCCGCUCUCAACGCCUUCCUGUACAGAACCUCGGAACAGAACCCCAAAUUCAUGCUCGUUCUGGCCUCAAAUACGCCCGAACAGUUCGAUUAUGCCAUCAACGAUCGUCUGGAUGAGAUGGUGGAAUUCACGCUGCCCGGCCUGGAUGAGCGUGAGCGUUUGUUGCGUCUCUACUUUGACAAAUAUGUGCUCCAGCCCGCCGCUUCUGGGGCCAGGCGCUUCAAGUUGGACACGUUCGACUACGGCAAGACUUGCUCAAAGAUGGCUCAGCUGUGCAAAGGAAUGUCUGGACGUGAGAUCUCCAAACUGGGCGUGUCCUGGCAGGCAGCCGUCUACGCCUCUGAGGACGGUGUGCUGUCCGAGAAAAUGGUUAUGGACCGGUGCUAUUCGGCCGUUGAGCAGCACAAGCAAAAGAUGGCUUGGUUGUCGGAUCAGGAGCGUGCUGACCAUAAAUCGAUUACGGGCGGAACUAUUGCCGCACCCUUAACAUUCACUGCCAACAAAUUGUGAGGUGGCGGUGAUGACCAUGGAAUACGUGGACUUCCUGGAAGAGAGUAAGCAGCUCUGGCCAGACUCCAUUUAUUCACAUGUUUAGUUUUUAAUUGUCCUAACUUUAAGUUGGUAACGCACAGGGCUUUUUCUGAUUAAUGGAUACCAAAACAACAGCCGAGAUCAACCUACUGUAUGUAUAUAUUACGUAUGUAUAUGCAUUUUACUAUUUGUACAAACAAAAUCCAUGAAAGACUCGCGUGUUCAUAAAUGCAAUUAAGUUUUACCUACUGAUAAUUGUAUCAUAAACGCUAUAGUAACUCUCAACAGUAUGUACAAAAAGAGCAGCAAGUAUUUUCGGCACCUGUUGUUGCAUUUAGUAAGACAAAGCUUUGGAUGUAUAUUUUAAAUUUAAAAUUAAAUGGUCGCGCCGGCACUAUGAGAGAUUUACAUUAAACUUCUCGCCGGCGUUGGCUAUUCAUUUGAA